AAAAGUUACAAAUCAUCUUUGUGUUGAAACGGUUGGCUGUGUUCAAUAAGACUGCAGUAUUUUAAAAUCUAAAAUCAUCUAUCAGAACUGAAUAAAUUACCAAAGAAAAUGGCAAAAGUUGUCAAGGAAAUGACCAUGUACGACCUGGCCCAACAGGAUUACCAAGUUCUGGAGGAGAUGAUCUCCAAAGAUCCAUCGCUCAUCACCAAAAAGGAUACGAACGAUCGCUACCUGCUGCACUGGGCCGCCUUGGGUGGGCGCGAUCUGCUGGUGGAGGAACUUCUGAAGCGAACACCUGACCAGCUGGAGGCAACCGAUGAUACCAACGCAACGCCGCUGGUGCUGGCCACUCUGGGAGGCCAUCUGAGCACGGUUCGGAUGCUGGCGGCCAGGGGUGCCGACGUCAACCAUAAGAACUGGCAGGGGCACUCGCCGCUGCAGUAUGCUUGCUCGAAGGGACAUUUCGAGAUUGUCAAGUUCCUGCUGGAACAAGGCGCCGACAUCAACGUAACGGACAACCGUAACGACACAUCGUUGCACCGGGUGGCAUCGCAGGGUCGCACGGAGAUUCUGAAGUAUCUGCUCGAGCACAAAGCCAAGGUCGAUGUGCAGAACGCGGAAGGGAACACGGCGCUUCAUUUGGCCUGCGAGGACGAACAGAGUGCCUGUGCCAUGCUGUUGGUCGAGAAUGGAGCCUCUGGCACGAUCGAGAAUAAGGAGAAAAAGACUCCCCUGGAUGUGGCCAAACCAGGGCUCCGGAGGAAUAUGAAGACCAAACUGGGAAUUUCGGAUGAAUAAACUAUCCUUUUUGUAUGGAUUAAA